GCUUAUAGCCAACUGCAAUCAAAUUAGGGAUAGGCAGGGGCUCAACAUAAAACUAAAAAACAAGAAGGAAAAAAAGGUAAUAUAGAAGAAAUGUUUGACUGGGAGAUGAUACUUGGCAUCUGCGGUGUCUAUGUCUCUAUGAGGAUGUCGAGUCGACCAGGAUAAGCAGAAAGUGUCCUAACUAUACACCACCAAGCACAAAUAAACAUAAACAAAAAGAAAUGCUUACUCACAACGUUGCUACGCCGUCUUCUCUAUGCCCAAUUGUUUCCUAUGAUUGUUAUCGCCAAGUAUCUAAUCGGUUGUUAUUUCCUCACAAUCUAAAUCAUGAGAUUUGGAGGGCAAACAGAAAGCUUAAGGGAUGUCGACUUAAGGCUAGCUUUUGGGAGUCCAUCAGAUCUGGGAUUUUGAAGAACAACACAGCACAAAUCAUUGAACCACCCUCCACACUUGAGGAAGAGGAAGAACCAUUGCCAGAAGAAUUUGUGCUUGUUGAAAAGUCUCAACCAGAUGGAGAAGUUGAACAAAUAAUAUUCUCUUCCGGAGGAGAUGUGGAUGUCUAUGAGCUUGAAGCCCUGUGUGAUAAGGUUGGCUGGCCAAGGAGACCAUUGUCAAAACUAGCUACAGCUUUAAAAAAUAGUUACAUGGUUGCCACAUUGCAUUCUGUUAGGAAAUUGCCUAGUUCAGAAGGGAAUGAGCAAAAGAAGCUAAUUGGCAUGGCUCGUGCUACAUCAGAUCAUGCGUUCAAUGCUACAAUAUGGGAUGUUCUUGUUGAUCCUAGCUAUCAGGGCCAAGGCCUUGGUAAGGCCAUGGUUGAAAAGCUGAUAAGGCAUCUUCUACAGAGGGAUAUUGGUAACAUAUCACUUUUUGCGGACAGUCAAGUUGUGGAGUUCUAUCGGAAUUUAGGUUUUGAACCUGAUCCAGAGGGCAUUAAGGGUAUGUUUUGGUAUCCAGGGUAUUAAAGAAUCAGUUCAUACUUCAAUUAGGUGCUUUCAUCAUGGUGAUUCAUCUAUUAGAGUUCACAGGGGCUUGGGACAUAAGAGGAGGAGAUCUGUAUGUAAGUCUUAGUCAUACUUUUUUCAUUGUAACACUUUGUGCCGAUGUUUUUUGUUACCAAGUGAUUCAUUUGCUAUGGAUUUGCAAUACCAAUUACAUUAGGGGGGCAUUUUUAUCUAGUCUUUAUCACUCGCUAUUAGACCAGCUCAAUGCAUGAAGGGUUUUUUUAAAGCCUGUA